UUAUCUGUGCGCGUUUACGAGAAAGGAAUCCCCAUGCCGAUUUUUACUCUUGCAUCAAGUAUUCAAGUUCCAGAAUCCACGGCCUCUCCACUCUCCUCUGUGUGUUUCGGUGCUUCUCUGUUCGUGUGUCUGUGAUAGAGAUACUGCCCCCAACAUGCCACUCCCCUAUCAUUGAGCGUGAGGAACAGGACGUGUGUUUUCUUUUAGGGCUCUUGUCGCAUGUGUUUUAGGUUUUCGUUGUAAUCCGGUUUGCGGAAUCCCCUUUGAGGGCUCCAGGGUUUAUGUUGCAGCAUUGGUCUGUUUGAUCUUGUUUGGUAAGUUCCGGCCCUACUCCAGAUAUUAGGGUUUAUGGGUGUGCUUAGAGCUUCAUGAGUUUAUGUAUAUUGAGAGGCCAACUGAUGGCUUCUUUAUCUUGUUUCGCUUACUGAGAUGUGAUUUCCCCCCGUCGCUCGACUGAGUUAUUGGGGUUCUCGAUAUGGACGGAAAGUGGAUUUCUGUCAGCCCUCGACCUUGCUGUGCUCGCCGGAUUUUGGCUAAGAAACGCCCGCGCGUUGAUGGGCUGGUGAACAGCGUGAAGAAGCUGCAGAGACGAGAGAUAUGCUCUAAGCGUGACCGUGCUUUUAGUAUGAGCAAUGCCCAGGAACGUUUCAGGAAUAUACUUCUGCAGGAGGAAUAUGAUACUCAUGAUCCCAAGGGACAUUGUCCCUUAGUACUUCCUUUUCUGAAGAAGAGAUCAAAAAUUAUUGAAAUUGUGGCAGCCCGUGAUAUCAUCUUUGCUCUUGCACAUUCUGGUGUUUGUGCAGCCUUUAGCAGAGAGACAAGCCAGAGAAUAUGCUUUCUUAAUGUGAAUCUUGAUGAAGUCAUUCGGAGCUUGUUUUAUAAUAAGAACAAUGAUUCACUUAUUACAGUUUCAGUUUAUGCAUCAGACAACUUCAGUUCUUUAAAAUGCAGAACCACAAGGAUUGAAUAUAUCCGGAGGGGCAAACCUGAUGCUGGUUAUGCUCUUUUUAAGUCUGAGUCACUGAAGUGGCCAGGGUUUGUGGAGUUUGAUGAUGUAAAUGGAAAAGUUCUCACUUACUCUGCACAGAAUAGUGUAUACAAGGUAUUCGAUUUGAAAAACUACACAUUGUUAUAUUCUAUAACAGAUACGAAUGUUGAAGAAAUUAAGAUCAGUCCGGGCAUCAUGUUGUUGAUUUUUUCAAAAGCUAGUAGCCAUGUUCCACUCAAGAUUCUUUCGAUAGAGGAUGGCACUGUUCUUAAGGCUUUCAACCAUCUGCUUCAUCGAGAUAAGAAGGUGGACUUCAUUGAGCAGUUCAAUGAAAAGCUUCUUGUGAAGCAAGAGAAUGAAAAUCUUCAGAUUCUUGAUGUUCGUAAUGCUGAGCUAACAGAAGUUAGCAAAUCUGAGUUCAUGACUCCCUCCGCCUUUAUCUUUCUGUACGAGAAUCAGUUGUUCUUGACAUUUAGAAAUCGAACUGUGGCUGUUUGGAACUUCCGAGGGGAGCUAGUAACUUCAUUCGAGGAUCACCUCCUAUGGCACCCUGAUUGUAACACAAACAACAUUUAUAUCACAAGUGAUCAGGAUCUUAUUAUUUCUUACUGCAAGGCUGAGUCUGAUGAUCCAUCAGUGGAAGGAAAUGCUGGUUCAAUCAACAUCAGCAAUAUCUUGACUGGGAAAUGCCUUGCUAAAAUACGUGCAAACAACAGGAGUAAAGAAGAGUGUAGGAUCAGUGGCAGAUUGAAGAAGCGGUUAUAUGCCUCCAGAAGUAGGAAUCUGGUUGCAGAUGCUUUGGAAGAUAUUACCGCACUCUUUUAUGAUGAGGAACACAAUGAAAUCUACACUGGUAACAAGCAUGGUUAUGUCCAUGUAUGGUCUAACUAAAGACAAUAUGUUGCAAUAUUUCAUUCUGGAUUUGAUGAGUGUUACCCAAAGGUGAUGCAUCAUUGGGCUGGCUGCACCAUUGAUGAAAGAAUUUCAUGGCACUGAUAGAAUGAUGCAUCAAAAAGUCAACUUCCUGAUUAGUUUUGACACGGGUGACAAUGAUCAAGUUGUGAAGGUGGAAGCCAUGCGUUUGCUGACAUGAUUUUAUGUAAAUCGUAAUUGGAUGAGGAAGAUUGGCUAAUCUGGUUUGGGGAUCCGUUGGGACAGUCCCGGUCGUAGUCCAAUGAUUUGAUGGCUAUGACCAUGCACUUACUGUCUGACUCGGGAGAAGCAGGGAUUGGAUCAGUUAGAUGCAUGUCUAAGAAUGCAUUCAAGAUGUUUCCUGCACAUCCUAUCACAUGAGAUUUUGCAAAUCUGAGACCGUUAUUGGUAUAUGUAACUAUUGAAAUUUCUUUAA